ACGGAGGUGAGACACGCGUGCGUUAUACUUCAUACUGGAGUAGCUGGUGUUCACAAACCUCUCCUGGCAAGCUUGAAUCAAACUAAAACACGCAUAGGUUAUAUUUAAAGCUUUUUACUGACGUUCUCUCAAAAGUUUGGAGUCACCAUGCCAGCCAAAAAAGCUCCAAAGAGACACACCAUUGCAUCAACUGAAACUGCGAACUUGCCUGUUGUGAAAAAACAAAAAGUUUCUCACAGCAGUCAUGGCCAGGAGAAGGGUCUGGUGCUUGUUCUUGGUCAGGGUGACGUUGGGCAGCUCGGUCUGGGAGAGGACGUGCUUGAGAGAAAGAGGCCGGCGCUGGUAACUCUUCCUGAGGGAAUUGUGCAGGCUGUAGCCGGGGGGAUGCACACGGUCUGCAUCAGCGACAUUGGAAACGUUUAUACGUUUGGCUGUAAUGACGAGGGCGCGCUGGGACGCGACACCUCAGAGGAGGGUUCAGAGACGUUGACGGGAAAGGUGGACCUUGGGGAGAAGGUUGUGCAGGUUUCUGCCGGGGACAGCCACACUGCUGCUCUCACGGAGGAGGGAACCGUCUACGUCUGGGGCUCUUUUAGAGAUAAUAAUGGUGUCAUUGGACUUCUGGAGCCCAUGAAGAAAUGCACGUUGCCUGUCAAAGUUCCUCUAGACAAGCCUGUGGUUAAAAUCGUCUCAGGAAAUGAUCAUUUGGUGAUGCUGACUGUAAGUGGAGAGCUGUACACCUCAGGAUGUGGAGAACAAGGACAGCUGGGACGGGUGGCUGAGCAUUUUGCUAACAGAGGAGGCCGGAAGGGUUUGAUGAGGCUGCUGGAGCCGCAGAUGGUUAUCAUGAAGCCACGGGGCAAGGUUGUCUUUACUGAUGUCUUCAGUGGAGCAUACUUCACUUUUGCUGUGUCUAAAGAGGGUCAUGUUUACGGAUUUGGCCUGUCGAAUUACCACCAGCUUGGCACUGAAAGCACAAACACUUGCUUUGUUCCAGUCAAGCUUACUGCUUUCAAGAACUCUACCACCUCCUGGGUGGGUUUCUCAGGGGGACAACACCACACUCUGUGUUUGAGUUCUGACGGACAAGUGUACAGUCUUGGUCGGGCAGAGUAUGGCCGCCUGGGGCUAGGGAAGGAUGCUAAAGAGAAAAGUGAGCCCACACCGGUCGCUGGGAUCAGUGAUGCUCAGGUGGUCGCCUGUGGUGCCUCUGUAAGCUACGCUGUCACUAAACAAGGCUCAGUGUUUGCCUGGGGCAUGGGCACCAAUCUGCAGUUGGGUACUGGUGAGGAGGAUGACGAGUGGAGCCCAGUGGAGAUGACUGGUAAACAGCUGGAAAACCGUGUGGUUCUAUCAGUGUCCAGUGGGGGGCAGCACACAGUCCUGUUGGUCAAAGACAAGCAGGAGAGCUGAUGUUUACUUCCUUGACUGAAAGCUGAGCCAAACUGCUGUAUCAGUGGUAUCUGUAACCUAUAGCUUCAUCAAGAACGGGGGGAGUCUGGGGUUGAUAAUACUUCCUGUGCUGAGCUUAGCCAGAAAACGAGGAAGGCGAUUGGUUAUAAAAAGGUAGGAUGAAAAUCAUCCAAUUAAACCUUUUAUUCCACCUUGCGGGGAACCCAAACAUUCACUGGCUAUGGUCUGGUAGAUCAUGAUCAAAGAGAGAUCUUUUUUAAGGACACUUGCUCUGCUUUAUUUUCUUAAUUCCUUUUAGUAUGCCUUCUGGAGACUGUCUGUUGUGAGUGAUUGCGUGCAUGUAUAAAAUGAUUUGAUAAGUCUUUUAGAGAAGUCCCUGUUACUGUUUAUUUUUAAUUCCACAUUUUGGUCCAAGCAAUAAAAAGGUUACAAAAGCAGGUAUCACUUACAACUUUUGGGAGAAAAAAAACUGAUUUGGUAUUGCUGUAUUUUUGUGGCUUUACACUGUUUCUUAAAAUCUUAAGUGGAGCAGAAAACUGUAUCCCUGGAUUGCUGGCCCUGUGGACGUUUAAUAAAAAUCUAAUCUUUACAGAA